CCCAUCUACUGCUCUCAACUUAUAUCUAACCUCUUCUUAACAACACCACAACCAAAACAAUGGCCAGCAAGACCUUCAACGUCGGCGUCGUAGGCUAUGGCCUCUCCGCCAAAGUCUUCCACAUCCCCUUCAUCACCACAACCCCCGGCCUCAAGCUGCACGCCAUCGUCCAGCGCUCCCCCAAGCCCUCCGACUCUGCUCCCGCCGACUACCCCGACCUCAAACACUACACCUCUUCUGACGACCUGAUUGCCGACGCCGACGUCGAUGUCAUCGUCGUCACCACCCCUCCCGACAACCACUUCGACCUCACCAAGAAGGCCCUCGAGUCCGGCAAGCACGUCCUGACCGAGAAGCCCUUCGUGCCCACCUCCGCCGAGGCCCAGAAGCUCGCCGACAUCGCAAAGGCCGCCGGCAAGCUCAUCUGCGUCUACCAGAACCGCCGCUGGGACGCCGACUUCCUGCUGGCCAAGCACCUGAUCCAGACGGGCGCCCUGGGCCGCGUCGUCGAGUUCAACACCCACUUCGACCGCUACCGCGCCGACGCCCCGACAAACUGGAAGGGCCAGCUCGGCAUCUCCAAGGGCGGCAGCGCCCUGUUUGACCUCGGCACCCACCUCAUCGACCAGGCCUACGUGCUCUUCGGCCUGCCCCAGUCCGUCCACGGCCGCCUCCUCAACCAGCGCGAGGGCCGCCCCGAGUUCGAGACCCCCGACGCCGUCGCCGCCCGCCUGACGUACCCCAACGGCCUGCUGGUCAACGUCAACAUCAGCGCCCUCAGCGCAGAGGUCGACCAGCUGCGCUACUGGAUCCGCGGCACAAAGGGCAGCUUCCGCAAGUUCCACCUCGACCCCCAGGAGGACUACCUGCGUGCCGGCGGAAAGCCCACCGACGCCGCCUACGGCAUCGAGAGCACCGACCGGAGCUCCCUGACUGCCGUCGACGAGGCCACCGGCAAGUCCAGCCAGGUGCCCGUGCCCGAGCUCGCCCCCGAGACGUACCGCACCUUCUUCAGCGAGUUUGCCAAGGCCCUGCAGAGCGGCAAUGCUGAGGACAUUCCCGUCAAGGCUGAGCAGGCCAGGGAUGUGCUGAGGAUCAUUGAGGGCGUUUUGGAGAGCGCAAAGACUGGAAAGGACGUUGUUCUCGCUUAAGCGGGAGGCUAGGUGCAAAAAAAGGAGAGUUUUGAGUGCAUAAGUUGUAUAGAAGAUUUUUUGUAUAUACCAGCUGUACAUAAGAGCAGCAAAAUGUCAAUGAAGUUUACGUCAAAAGGUG